GUCGGCUUUGAUUACGGGUUCUGAGUCCUUAGACAUCCUGCCAGUGAACCCAAAGGAUGUCCCGUUUAGUAUAAAACCCGGUCCGAAACAUCCAUUCAGCAUCAGUUCAGCUUCUCAGCUUUCUCAGCAAGCAUUCAGCUAUCCUUUCACAGUCCUCCAACAAACCAAACCAAAGUCUAGAAAUGGCCUGCAUCAAGCUGAUUGGAUCCCUCGUGCUGGUUCUGCUGAUCGUCCUGGCCAUCAGCACCACCACCGAGGCUGGCUACCGCAAGCCCCCCUUCAACGGAAGCAUCUUCGGCAAGCGCAACGGAAACUCCAUUGAGUACGAGGGCAACGCCAAGGUGCUGUCGGCCAUGUGUGAAAUUGCGGCGGAAGCUUGCCAGUCCUGGUUUGCCCAGGAACAGAAGUAAUCCAUCGGAAUCAAACAGCUGACUGAACACCCCCCAAUAA